AUGAAUGAGGACGGAAAGACAGUAGUCUGUUGGAUGCAAAGGGACGUCCGAACGGUUGAUAACUGGGCGCUCCUUUUUGCAGGUCAUCUAGCGGAAACUCAGAAGGUACCACUUCAUGUCAUCCAUGUGUUACCACCACCACCGGCACAAACGCAAGAGGAAAGUCUUCCAGACUUGGAAAACCUGCGUCUAACGCAACGACAUGGAGAAUUCUACUUGGGUGGCUUGGAAAUUGUCCACAAAGAGUUGAAGGAGAAGAAUGUACCUUUUCAUGCCUUGAGGCCUUUGUCGCAGCGUUUGGUCUCCAGUACCAUUGAGUCACAAAUUGUCCAACAAUUGAAACCAUGCGCAAUUGUUUGUGACUUUUCUCCUCUUCGUCAUGUUCGACAAUGGAUGGAGGGUGGUUUUCUCGAGAGCUGUGAAAAAUCGUCGGUCCCCUUGUGGCAGGUCGAUGCGCACAACGUUGUUCCAGUUUGGCAUGCUGCGGAUAAACGACAGGUUGGUGCACGUACUUUGAGGCCAAGGAUACACAAAGUAGUCUCUGACUAUCUUCAAAAAUUCCCCAAAUUCAAGGGGAAUGAACAUGUAGAGAAAGAUCAAGAACUUCAAGCCUACGACUCUGACGCCCUGAAGUCAUUCUUGGACUGGGACGAGUCGGUUGCGUCCCAGAAAUGGGCCGUGCCCGGGUCAGCAGCAGCAAAAGCAAAAUUUGAGAGCUUUAUAUCUACUGGUUUGUCCAAGUUUGAUUCCCAUCGAAAUGACCCCAAUUACACACAGAUUUGUUCGGGAUUGUCACCGUGGGUCAAUCAUGGUCACAUAAGUUUCCAGCGCUUAAUGAUGGCAAUCAAGAAAUUGAAUCGCUACGCUACAGGAAGCGCUUCCUUCAUUGAAGAGGGGCUAAUUCGAAGGGAACUUUCAGAUAAUUUCUUGUUCUACACACCAGAUGACUACGACAAAUUGACUGGGGCAGCGCAGUGGGCACAAGACAGUUUGGAGCUUCACAGCACUGAUCAACGAGAAUAUACCUAUUCGUUGGAAGAGUUGGAAACCUCGAAGACUCAUGACGAUCUUUGGAAUGCUGCACAGAUGCAAGUUGUCAACGAAGGGAAGAUGCAUGGAUUCUUGAGAAUGUACUGGGCAAAAAAGAUUCUCGAGUGGACCGAGUCGCCUGCUGUCGCGCUCAAGACAGCGCUGUACUUCAACGACAAGUAUGCCUUGGAUGGUCGAGACCCAAAUGGCUUUGUUGGUGUUGGUUGGAGUAUUAUGGGAAUUCAUGACAUGGGUUGGAAGGAAAGAGAAAUCUUCGGAAAGAUUCGAUUCAUGAACUAUGCUGGGUGUAAACGAAAGUUCAAAGUAGCAGAUUUUGUCAAGCGGUACAAGGGUGCCGCUGAAAACGCAGCAGCAGCAGAAGCAGAGCACAAUCGAGCGAAACGAGGCCAAAAGAGGAAGCUUACUCAUUCAUAA